AACUUUGGCUGCCCAAUGCCUCUGCCUAUAUAGCCUUUGAUUACAUAUAAAGGACAGAUAGGAUAAGAUCAGUCUUUGUUGCUUUUCACAGAGGAAGAAGGAAGCUAAGACGAUCUUGAGCUUAUGCCUAUUGAGAAAUCGAGGGAGGAGCCCUAUGUCCCACAUCUAGUAUGUACUCUCCGUUAUAAUAUAAGUAGACCCUUUAGAACUAUGCUGCAGGAAGACUCUCCUCAGAAGGGUGAUUACCUUUCAUGCAUAUAUUUUAUGAGGUAUAACAUGCACCUUUUCAGUCAGUGCUAUGCGUAGGUCGGUACAGUUUUUAAGUAUUCACAAUUUUAAUGUUGUGCCUCAUAAGUUAACUUCCUCUCGAAAAACCACACAGGAAACCUUAGUAGCUAAGCUCACCAUCACUGCUUGUCAGACACUCUGAUCUGCAGACCUGGACUGUCAGACAAGACCCUUGGGUCUCUCCAAUGACAGAGGUCCACGAGAAGACAGGAGGCCUACCAAGGACAGAAGGACAAGGUCAGGCACGGGGACGAUGGCAAGACAGCUCUGAGAGUCAGAGGUCACACUCUUCAGGAAAUCUUCCACCACCAACAUGGGGUCCCGUAUUAAGGAGAACCCAGAACGGAUCUUUGAAGGAUAUUUCGAGGUUCUGUGCCCCAUAAAUUCAGAUAAAGAUCCAGAGCUUAAACGACAAUUUCCUGAUGUUUUUGAUGACCAGGACUCGGUUACAACGCUUACAAAGUUUUGCUUCCCUUUUCAUGUGAAAAGAUGGCAGAACUCAUCCGUCCAACACUUCAGCUUUACACUGACCGACCUCCAGGGCUACCAGCGGUUUGGUUUUUGUCGGCUGUCUGUAGAAGCAAAGAGUUGUACGUGUAUCCUCAGCUGUUUACCAUGGUUUGAGCUUUUCUAUAAACUACUUAACCAUAUUGCUGAGCACCUAGUAAAGGACCAGUUCGAUGAGGUUACUGACAUUCUGCAGACUCUGUAUGACCACCCAGUGCCGGAGGUGAACAAGUCUCUGAACCUAGAAAUGUUUUCCUAUUUUGUGGUUCCGGACCCUGUGAAACUGCCAUCAAUUCCAGAAAAUAGAAAUCUCACAGAAUUCCUUGUUGCGGUCCAAGUGGACACAAUGUUGCAGUUAUACUCCAGCCUGUUAUGUGAGAGGAGGAUCCUGAUUACAUCCAGCAAACUCAGUACACUGACAGCCUGUGUCCACGCCUCUGCAGCCCUCCUGUAUCCCAUGUACUGGCAGCACAUCUAUAUCCCUACACUACCUCCACAUCUACUGGACUACUGCGGGGCACCAAUGCCUUAUCUGAUCGGUGUACACAGCAGUCUGAUGGAGCAAGUCAAUGUCGGAGCUUUGGAAGAUGUAGUCAUAUUUAAUAUGGACACAAACUGCCUAGAGACUCCAUUCCAAGACCUGGACAUUCUGCCGUCACACGUGGUCUCUCUGCUGAAGCUGCAACUGACUAAACAAUCGGCCUUUAUGGGUGAUGGGGUGUCACGGGCCUUCCUCCAAGCCCAAGCUCUGCUGUUUGGCAGCUAUAGAGAAGCUCUCAUCUACAACCUGGGGGAACCAAUCUCUUUCUGCCAGGAGACCUUCCUCAACCACAAGUGCAGCUCAAUGAGAUCCUUCCUGCAGAACGCCGUCCACCUCCAGCUCUUCUCACAGUUCAUUGACAGUCGGUUGGAGAAGCUGAAUUCCGGAGAUGAAUUCACAGAUGUAUUUGAGCAAGAAGUCACCAAAUGUGGACUAUCAGGGGCCUCCCGGUCUUACCAGCUGUGGCUAGAAAACCUCAAGAAAGGAGGAGGCACGUUGAUCAAUAAUAUGAAGAACAGAACACAUCCUACUGUCAGGAACAUGCUAAAAUAUGCAAAGGGUCAAGCCAAGACUGGUCUUCAGGGAAUGAAGAAACGCAUUAAACACAAGGACCAGCACCAGAUCCAACGUAUGGGCUCCUUCAAAGCGGAUGGCUCUCCAACGCAAAACCACGACAGACUGCAGCACCGGCUGCCAAUCACACAGCACUUUGGACAGGUUAAAAAAAGUCUUGUUCUUUUUGAGUCCCGUCCCAGAAGACCGGGGAAGAAAUAUUCGGAGAGCGACUCUUGGGAAUGUCAGAGAUAUGGAGAAGAUGGUACAAGUGAAGACGUGGACUCGAGUCCUGCUGAAGAGAAUGAUUUUCCUCUUCUUGAUGACGGCAUGGAUCUUCUCAAUGAAAUAUUUGAAACCCUGAACACAAGAGCACCUGGAAGGGAGCGCGCUCUGUAUGGGGCUCACAGCCUGGACUGCUUUAGCCUGGAUGACAGUCAGUACUUUGGACAGUCUAGUGAAGAAGAUCUGCGGCUCAGCAUGAGCCAUCCAAGACAUUCAGACCUGUGGUACCUUCCAGAAGUUGAUGAAGGAACUGGAGACAACUUGGAAUCUCCAGAUGACAAUUCUUCUACUCCAGACAACAUAUCAAAUGCCUCAGAUUAUGCUUCACAGAUUACGGAUGUGGCCGCAUCAGAUACUGUAUCAACCACUCCAGACACCACUCUAGACACAACUUCAAUGACCAAAGAGGACAUCUCUUCAUCAUCAUCUGUAGACGCAACUUCCCAGAAGCCUGAUGUCUCUUCCUUCAUCACAGAAAAAUCUGUAUUCUCUCCAGAGGUCGCAUCUCCUGCUCCCAAAGUCAUUUCAAAGACUUCUUCAAUCACAAGUGAGCUCAAAAUAAUUCCGCCAUACCCAGAGCCUGAAAUUUGUCCUACCCUGAAAGAUGAAAACGAAAAACUGAAGACUGUUUUGCCAUUGGUGCCUCAAGAAGUUACACCAGUAAGAAAAGCUUCAAGUGAACCUUCACGUAUCGUAACUGGGCCCUGUGUUAGAUCGGUGAUAUCUCGUUUUCAGGCUGGGACUCUUGACCCCAGAAUGGUCUGGACAGGGACUAAGAAAGACUCUGAACAAGCAGAGACAGUCGUACCCAGGUUUCACUCAUUUAAUACCCAGAGACCUAAAUCUCAGGUAUACAGCAGCCCAAAACCCAACAGUUCAAUACAUCGUGUUGGCCCCAUAUUUCUUAGGACGCAGAGUACACCUAAAUUAGAAAUACCCAAAAGCCCAAUAUCUGAUACCACCAUACCCCUUACUUGGGCACAGGAUGGCUUAACCCCAGUAAGUCCUAAAGGUAGUAUGAGUGAUAUGAAACACGAAAUGGCUUCUUCUCCAGUGUCUUCAGAGUUGAAGGCAUCACCUCUGCCUAAAGUCUCUGAACUAAAGAAAAAGUUUGAGGUUGACUCUUUACAGUAAAUAUUAUAUGCUUUGUUAAUAAUACGAUACAUGAUAUACUUCCCUAGUGACUUAUACUAAACAUAUAGCCUAACUAUAUUACAUAUAAGAAGCAGUUUUGUUAAUGAAAUGAAUGUUAACUGUAAAUAAAAAUUUAAUAUACGGCAAUGCUGCAAUAUUAUAAAAACA